AUGGGAGAUCACACUUGCAUUCGGAAUGAUUUCGUCGCACCUAUCCCAUCACCGCCUCCAUCGGCAGGAUUCGAUUCGGACCGAUUCACAGAGGCAAAGGUUGGCCGGGGCCCUCCCCCGGCCAUAGACCCCUCUGCUGCAAAUCGAGCAUUCUUGCAGCCAAAUAUGCCGACACCAGCUAACAGUGUCCAUCUAUCACCUCUCCCUACCAGUCCGGCACCUCCAUCUACAACGCGCCCGUCUCAGCACAGUCUGACCGAUGAUUCGGUCUUCUCAUUCCCCAUGCCGGGUAACAGAUCACCAACUGAAGUGAGAACACCAAGUCCAAUGAUGACAGAUCGGUCUGCGUUUAAAUCACGAACACCAGUCUCGUCGCGGGAACAAGGGCCGGGUGUGAUGCCGGAGAAUAUACGCCUUCCACCUAGCCCACUGCCACCUAAGUCCCCAGAUGUGAGCCAUCAGAGGGGAGAGUCGGCAGUGAGCAACAGCAGCUACCGGACAUCUUUCGCCAGCAGUCGCUACGGCGAUUCUACAAGGAGGUCGUCGACCAACAGCCUCUCGCGGGGGUUCCGGUCAUUUAUGGACGACAUACCACCAGUGCCAUUGGCACCUCUUCGCACAUCCAACCAUAAUACUUCUCUCCCCCGUGAUUCCAACGUCUCGGUGGUUUCAUCCCGCAUUAGCAAGGAAGAAGCCAGUGGAUUCGACUUCGGUAUUCCCGGAGGCCAAACCCCGACUACCGGACUACAAGAUCUCCCAGAGGAAACCCCCUCGGCCCAAUUGCAGGGCCAUACCGAAUACAUCGCUUUCAACCCUGCGAACCUCCACCCGGCGACAGCGGCAACAGAGCCAGGCAGCGAUGCGCCAAGGAAAAACUCUAACGCAAGUACGACAAGUGCAUUCUCCGUCACUAGCUUCGCCCGGGCUCUCGGUCUAGAUGACCAAAUGAAUAACUCCGAAAGCUCUGGCUCUGAUUCAUCACCUUCCGAUGCCCGCAGUGGUAGUUCCAUGUCCAGUCUUCCCUCCGAUGCUAGCUUGAGCCGACACAAACCCACCGAUCCGCUCAAUCUAAGCCCUUUGGUUGAAGAACUGCCCGCCCGGACCCGACAGACGAUUGUAGAAGUACCCGGCCGUGUACGGAGCACAAUGGAAGAUGUCCCUCCUAUCCCGGCUGCUUUCUUCAGCCCGGAUUCACCUACCGACCCUUCAAUCAACCAAGGUGGUGUGUCAUUGAUUGCAGAGAGGAAAGCAGUACCACCGAGUCCGACCCCAGCACAACCAACACAAUCUAUCCCCCGAAAGCCACCACCACAACGCUCAUUCACAGCACCGCUACCACCACAACAAACACCGACAACACCAACCCGGUCUGCGACACGUUCGAAGGGGAAUUGUAAGGGUUGCAAUGAGAAGAUCACAGGAAAAUCGAUAUCAUCCUCGGAUGGCCGUCUGACAGGUCGAUACCACCGUGGCUGUUUCGUUUGCUUCGAGUGCCACUCUCCCUUCCAAACAGCCGAUUUCUACGUCCUCAACAACAGACCCUUCUGCGCGCAACACUACCACGAGCGCAACGGGUCCCUUUGCGCCGGUUGCCACACGGGUAUUGAGGGCCAUUACCUGGAAACUGUCGAGCGGAACCCUGCACGCCCAGACCGCCGUCGAUUCCACACCCAGUGUUUGCAGUGUCGUACAUGCCACGUCCUGCUCAAGGGCGACUACUUCGAGUGGAAUGGCGAAGUCUUCUGCGAAAGAGAUGCUCGUCGAGCCGCUGCGGCUUACCACCCACCACCUCCUGGUCCUUCUGGUCCUCCUGGUCGUCGUCGCCCCACACUACCCUCGUCUCCCCUGGCCAAGUCCGGUCAAUUCCCCCCCCGGUCCGUACCCUCCACACAGCGGAAGACCUGGACCCGGACCUGGGCCUGGACUUCACCCCGGUCCCCGAUUCCCCCUGGUGGUGGAGGACGGUUCCCCGAACGACGGACUACUAAGCUCAUGAUGAUCUGA